ACUAAGUGGUGCUUUGAGAUACAAGUGGCACAUCUUACAAUUUUUUUUUUUUAUACUAGGAGUUGUUUGGCCUAUUUUUUGCUCUUAUGUAUUCCCCCUCUGAUCUGAAAUUUCUUCAAACUACUUAAAAUAACCUUAGCUUUAAGUCUCUUAGCUUAAUGCUAACAUGUGAUGGGAAACACCAUAGACGGGCUGAUGAAUAGCAUCAGUGUUUCCAAUGCUAGCAGUUAUCAUCUCGCAGUAAUAUCAGUAAUUAUAUGAAAUCAGAUGAAAAUGAACUUUGCAGCCGUUACUUUCUUAAAAAACAGGAUUAGUCUUGACAUUCAUUCAUCAAACAAAAACUAGAGUUAGUUGGAAUACAUUACUGGCUGUUUUCGAUCAUCUUUUUUCAGUAAAAUUCUGUGUCAAAUUAAGUGGGCUGCCAUCUAUUGGUCACUCGUUGAAUUACACCCUAAAUAUCAGAAGGCAGACCAAAAUAGUUAUGAACUGUAAAAAUAUCAGCGAGAAUGUAAUGGAACUUUAAAAAAAAUAAUCAGGACGGAUUGUGUUUAUUUUGAUAUUAUGCAAUCUAAUAUUAAGCAUUAGAAGGUAAUUUUGGAUGACUCAGCUAGAAGCAGAGUCUGCACUUCAAUUCAUUGGCGACCCAUAUUAAAAUGUGUCUCCAUUCCAGUGAAACAAUAUGACGCUAAUAUAAUAUUCCAUCUUGUAUAAUUGCAUGUCACACACACGGUGGAUACAGAUCGUAGCCACCUGUUUCCAUUCUCAGCCUCCAUCCAAUGGGAGCAAGCGGGGGUGGGUGGUGAGUUGGGGGCGGAGGAAGAGCAGAGAAGUUGGAGGAGAGAGUGAGAGACGCUCAUCCGCGUCCACGCAGAGCCGUGAUUGAGUGGAAGCACACGAAUUCAAUCACUUGGCUCAAGCUGACGCGCGCACGGCUGUUUUUGUUGCGGAGGGAGACGCGCAAGCCACAGGUUGACACAUCCGGUCAUGGCUCGUCGUCCGCGAGCGACCACCGUGUCCGGCGGCGACGUGAGCCCCGCGGACGGCUCGCCCGGGAUGUGGAAGCACGCCGAGUGAAGCGCGUCCAACGAGGAGGAGAGGAGAGAGGAGCAGAGGAGAGGGGGCGUUGGAGCGUCGGGACGCCGUGCGCAAAGCUCGAGAGGCGGGUUGGUGGACCUGUGGAGGAAGCCUCAUGAACGGAGGCGAGAGGGGGGAAGAGAGACACAGAGACAGACAGAGAGAGAGAGAGAACGAGGGAGGAUGGCAUGGCUGUAACAACAUGAAAAAGAAAAAAAGUGGCGUGCUCUGUCUUCAUCCAGCCAAGUGAUCCAAAUACAUCUGCUCUGGGGGAGUGGAAGAGAAGAGACAAGAGGUACACGGUCACAGCUGUGACCAUGGAGCCUCCCCCCUCUCUGAGCCUGGCUCUCCUCGGAGGCAGCGAGGACGAAGACCAGCGUUUCCUCCUCCCGCUGGCUGGCAUCUCCCACCCCGCCGGCCCCGCCGGCCAGGGUCCGGGCUCCAACCACUCCAAUCACACGGCGCCGUCCAGCCUGGGCCGGCUCAACGGCAGCAACCCGUCGCCGUCCCCCGCCGCCACGCCGUCGUCCCUGCCCAAGUUGUCGACGGCGGGGCCGCCGGCCAUCCCCAAUGCCUUGCACCCCACCAGCACCCCGCUCUCUUCCUGCUUGGGCUCGCAGCACAGUCUGAGCGGGGACAACUCGCCCAUCUACAACGCCCUCUUUUACUCCUCCCACUCGCCCUCCAUGGAUCGCGAGAGGGACCGGGAACGCGGGUGCAAACACAGACAGGCCAGUCCCUUGGUCCACCGCAGGGACAGCAACCCCUUCACCGAGAUCGCCAUGAGCUCCUGCAAGUACACGGGCGGCGUCAUGAAGCCCCUGAGCCGCCUCAGCGCCUCCCGGAGGAACCUCAUCGAAUCGGACAGCAGCGAAACCAAAGAGGGCGGGGUUUCCGCUGUUGCCGGGGCGACCGCGGCCGGAGGUCACGACCGGCAGCGGGAAGCCCCGCCUACCUCCUUGCUCAGCCAGUCCUCCACCAAUCAGCCGCCCCUCCAGAGCCCCCCGGAAAUUAUCAUUUCAUCCAAAGAAGACUCGCCGUACCCCGGGGCAGGAUAUGACAUCAGCGACACCGCCUCCAACCAGAUGUCCAUCUACCACCAGAACCACGCACUGGUGGAGAGUCGCCGGGCGCAACCGGGGAGGGGCGCCAGUCAGGGCGCCUCGGGGGCGGUGGGAACCGGCGCCAGGGCCGGCACCACCAAGGCCCACAAACGGAAGAACCAAAACAUUGGCUACAAACUGGGUCAUCGCAGGGCGCUGUUCGAAAAGAGGAAGCGACUGAGCGACUACGCUCUCAUCUUCGGGAUGUUCGGAAUUGUCGUCAUGGUGAUCGAGACGGAGCUGUCCUGGGGCGUCUACAACAAGAGCUCCAUGUAUUCUCUGGCGCUGAAGUGUCUGAUCAGCCUGUCUACCGUCAUCCUGCUGGGCCUCAUCAUCGCCUAUCACGCACGGGAGGUUCAGCUGUUUGUCAUCGACAACGGGGCGGACGACUGGCGAAUCGCCAUGACGAUGGAGAGGGUUCUGCUCAUCGCUCUGGAGCUGCUGGUGUCGGCCGUGCACCCGGUGCCCGGCGACUUCAAGUUCCAGUGGCGGGCGCGGCUGGCCUUCACGUUCGUGCCGUCGCAGGCCGAGGCUGACCUGGACAUGGUGCUGAGCGUGCCCAUGUUCCUGCGCCUCUACCUCAUUGCCAGGGUCAUGCUCCUGCACAGCAAACUCUUCACCGACGCCUCCUCGAGGAGUAUAGGGGCACUCAAUAAGGUGCAUUUUAACACGCGCUUUGUAAUGAAAACGCUCAUGACCAUCUGCCCCGGGACGGUGCUCCUGGUCUUCAGCAUCUCUCUGUGGAUCAUCGCCGCCUGGACUGUGCGAGUCUGUGAGAGGUACCAUGACUCACAAGAUGUGACCAGCAACUUCCUGGGAGCCAUGUGGCUGAUCUCCAUCACGUUCCUGUCCAUCGGCUACGGAGACAUGGUCCCUCAUACUUAUUGUGGCAAAGGAGUUUGUCUGCUCACUGGAAUCAUGGGUGCCGGUUGCACGGCUCUGGUGGUUGCCGUGGUAGCCAGGAAGCUGGAGCUGACCAAGGCCGAGAAACACGUCCACAACUUCAUGAUGGACACGCAGCUCACCAAGAGGAUAAAGAACGCGGCGGCCAACGUGCUAAGGGAGACCUGGCUCAUCUACAAGCACACCAAGCUGAUGAAGAAGAUCGACCACUCCAGAGUUCGCAAACACCAGCGGAAGUUCCUGCAGGCAAUUCACCAAUUGCGCAGCGUGAAAAUGGAGCAGAGGAAACUCAGCGAUCAGGCCAACACGCUGGUGGACCUGUCAAAGAUGCAGAGCGUCAUGUACGAGCUCAUGUCGGAGCUCAACGACCGCAGCGAGGACCUGGAGCGCCAGAUGUUAUCCCUGGAGCAACGGGUGGAGCAGCUGACGGCCGGCUUCAACGCCCUGCCGGCGCAUCUCUCGGCCACCCUCGGCGCCCAGCACGCCGCCCUGGUGCACCUCCUCCGGGAGAGAGACUCCAGAGAUGGGAGGGACGCAGGAGCCGUGGUGCCGCUUUCCCCCGCAGCUUCACUAACCUCCACUGCAGUUACGGCCACACCAGUAUCAACUCCAGAAGUUCCUCCUCCUCCUUCUGUCCCCCCACCGGCCGCUUUGGAGCCCCCUUUGCCCGGACCAGAAGGGAGCUCGGAAGUGAGUCCGAACGGCAACACCUCCACCUGUUGAGAGAAUUCAGGAGAGGACAAACGCAAGGAAGCCAACGAGAGUGGGCGCGCUGACAAAUGAGCCUCUCAAAUUGAUGAAGCUGGCCCAACGGGGAGAAAUAAUGGGAACGGGCGGGAGCGCCGGUGUGAGUGAUGACACUUUUUUGGGGGGGGCUGGGGAGGGCAAGAGAAAUUUAGCAAGGAGACUCUAAAGGGUGCGGGGGCAGAGGAAGGGCGUCAAGAGGGUGAGAAAUGGCGCUAGGAAGUAUAAAAGGAGGAGGAGAAAUAACGAGGAUUAAUUAUGAAGGGUUGGGGAAAAAAAGAAAAAGCCUUUAUCUCUCUCUCGCUCUCUCUCUCUCUUGUUCUCUCUCUUUCCGUGCCCUUUCAUCAGGAAUUAAUGACCAUGACUUUUUAUCCUUAUGAUGUAUUUUGUAUCAGAAUGCUAAUUGUGUGAUAACGAGCAUCCCUUUAACAGAAGGUUAGAUCAAUAUGACUGGAAUUUAUUGAAACAAAUAAAAAAGUGGCACACACACACACACACAUGCAUCACCCCUGCACUGGACACCACAUUGACUUUCACAAUGCCCUUAAGAUAACACUCGAGCCUUUACUGCCAGUAGUCAAUGCACUGUCAAUCUGCACAAAGCACUGCCAAGCAAUGUAAAAAAAAAAAAAAAAAAGAAUUCUCCAUACUUUGAGAGCCCCAUCGCUAAUAACGCUGAACCACACAAACCAUUCAUCGCACAUUUCUGCACUGCAUUUAAUGAAAGCGCCAUCCGGAGUUUUGUUGUCAUAAAACUAAUCAAAUAUGGAUGACAGAGGCAAGAUUAUAACUUUUUUUUUGUUUUUUUUUAGAUUCCCGCAAAUGACAGCUAUCAUUUCACGGUUAAACGGCUUUGUACUCUGUGAUUCCUAAAGUCCUUAAGCUUGUGGCAAAAUGUGAUCGAUUUCUAUAAAUAUUCAGAUGUGAGCGGCCACAACAUGUCCAAAUUUGGGUUACGUCACUUUCGCUGCCACCAACUAACUCACUGUUACCACGAAUGUAUGCUUGAGCUUGCUUGGUCACAUAUCUACACGCGCACACGCACGCACACACGUCAACAACCAAAGUGCUCUCUCCUAAAUGGACUCCAAUAAAAGACAGGGACCGCUACUGCCACCGUGGACAAAACAUAACAAGAGACACCGUGGACAAUAUUUUACCGAGGGAAUAACUGUGAAAAUCCAGGCACGGACUUGUUAAGAGUGCUGGAGUGGGGGCGCUCCUUACGUCACGUCCACUUUCAAAACAACAACCCAAGGCGGACUCUGAUGAUGAACACAAAUCGACCUUAUAAAGGAUACAUGGCCAUGAAAUAAUGAUUUAAUAACACGCAGAAAGAGAGAUGAAGGUAAACUGGAGGAAUUAUAACAGGGAAAAAAAAAAAAAGACAAACCUACUCUUGGCCUGACAGAGACAAUGUGGCAAAAUAGCGACACGCUGUGGCCGGACUACUGAUUUACAUCAA